AAACAGGUUUGGGAGGUAACGUCGUGUAUGUGUGAGACAAAUAUACAUGUUAGGAUAGUGUGAAAAUAUCACACCAAACACUAAGCGUGAUCUACACACGGAAGGGUUUGGCAACAAUUGGAAAUACAUAUGAGAAUCCAUUUUAAAUAUAGUGAAAAUUAAAGUAAUUUGAAUAUUAAAAGGGGUAUGAUUGCUUUAUGGUGGCAUUGCCACAUAAUUUUUAAGUAAAUGAUUAUUCAAUAAGUUGUAGCAGUAUGCAUUUUGAGAGUAACCACGGCGGUGCAGCGGGUAGUGUUGCCUCCUCACAGGGUUCUCACAGAUUCGCCAGUUCAAUCCUGCACUUGGGUUACUGUCUGUGUGGCAAGAUAAAUAGAUGUCCAUCCAUCCGUUUUCCAUACUGCUUAUCCUACAUAGGGGUAGCCUGGAGCCUGUCCCAGGGGACUCGGGGCACAAGGCGGAGGACACCCUGGAUAGGUAGCCAACACAUUCACACACUAUGGACAAUUUGGAAAAUUGUCAGCCUGUAACACCUGUCUUUGGACUCGGGGAGGAAACCCCAGAAGUUCGGGGAGAACAUGCAAGCUCUGCGCAUACAGGGUGGGGCGUGCAGCUGCGAGGCAUUUGUUCUAACCACUAAGCCACCGUGCCCCCAAAUUGCUGGUAGUCUGGUAUCUAAGACUACCUUAUGUCCAUCUUGCAGUGAUAGUUGGUCUAUUUUAUAGUUAGCAUUUAACAACAAAUGUUCACUUUUAAAAUUGGCAGUGGGGAUGACGGCUGGGUUUUACUCUAAAUAUUACUUUAAAGUGCCUCACAGUUAAAGCAGAACAUAAUCAGUUCAAAAGCAUGUAAAUGAUAUACCACAGCAGCAGGUUGUUUUAUGAUUUCCGUUUCCCAGUUCAGGAAUUCAUACGCUGCAUAUUCAUAUUUCAAAUCAUUAUUAGCACAUCUGGCUGUGUAAUAGAAGCUCUCAGUCUCCGUGACUCAGCUCUGAAUAAUGAUGCUAAUGGUGCUAAAUGAUGAAUAUGGCUUUUCAUAAUUAUCACUUAACAGGUUGGACAGAUUUCUUCUCCAGAUCCUUUUUUUAGAAAUAUUAUCCAGUGCUAAUAAAAAAUCUUCAUGUCUCAUCACAUUUGAAAAAUUCAGGAGACAGAGCUCACUCACUUGACUGCACACAAUCACAAUCUGAUUUCCACAGAUUUGACUGCAUUUAUAAAAGCAUCAUAUUACUGAGACCCCAAAAAUAUUUGUGGAGUGUAGCUACAGAGGAAAUAGAGCAUAACUGUUGCCAGAUGAUAUUGCUUAUAGACUUUUAAAAAGAGCGGUGCACUUAAUAUUAACUAAAUCUGUUCCUACUGAUACAUGUAUUAUUGUAUUUUGUUACAUAUUAGUUUAUUGUACACAGACUGUCACCUCUACACUAGUUGUAUGUAUGAUACGAUACAAUUUUGACUCUGAAGGCAAUUAUAUGAUAUUUGACGAUACCUGCUACAAUACGACAUGAUUUUAGUUUGUAAGGCAACUUUUGCAAAUUUUUUUAUGGUACCACUGAAUCUGCUAUGAUUCGAUUCAGUAGCCUCCAGUUGAUGUGUGACCAACUUUGUUCAGAAUCUGGAGUAAGCCUACUGUUAGCUUGCAAAUGAUGAUGAAGUAGAGAAGGACUAUAUGAAGUAUCAGAAUUAUGGACAAAUCAGCUUGCUGUCCUGUUUACACAUCAGUUAAAAUAUGAAUUAUUUUUUUACCCACUAGAUGUCUGUCCCUUUUUUGGGGGGGCAUGGUGGCUUAGUACAAAAUCAAAAUCAAACUCAAAUCCCACCUCCGCCCUGUGUGUACGGAGCCUGCACAUGCUCCCCAUGCCAGGGGCAGUCAAAAGACAUGCAUUGUAGGCUGAUUGGCAUUUCCAAAUUAUCCAUAGUGUGUGAAUGUGUGUGCCCUGUGAUGCAUUGGCACCCUGUCUAGGAUGUCCCCCACCCUGUCUAGGAUGUGCCCCGAGUCCCCUGGGAUAGGUUCCAGGCUUCCCUGCAACCCUGUGUAGGAUAAGCAGUACAGAGAAUCAAUGGAUGGAUAGUUGUCUGUCCCUAUUUGAUGACAAUCAAUUAUAAUCAAUAAUAAUAAUAGAUUUAUGAUUGUUGCCUCAAUUCAUAUCUAUUGCCUUUUAAAUUGAUGCAUCAAUCCCAAUUAUCUGAUCAUUACACCCCUACUCUACACACACUCUUCUAUGUAACAAAUGAUAUAGUGUGAGUGUACACAAGCAAACCACACAUAACACCACAGGCUCCCAGCCCUGGUCCUGGAUUCCCCUCUCUGUUCUACACAUUUUAGUGUUUUUCCUGCUCUAACACACCUAAUUCUACAAAUUAACAGCCCUUCGUGAAUUGAAGUGGGUGUGAAUUGAAGAGCAGGGAAAACCCUAAAAUGUGCAGGACAUGCAGGGACUCCAGGGUUGGGAACCUGUGCAUUAAUCUGAUACUCAGGCUGAGGCAUGUUUUUUUUUUCUUUUUCUUUUAAAAAACAGCAACCCUACAAAUUACCUUGGGAUCAAUAAAGUAUCUAUCUAUCUAUCUUAAAGCAGACAGCCCAUCUGCACACACAUACACAAACACACACACACCUCAGUGAUGAGACGAUCCAUACAAAAGAGGACUAACAGUUUUUUAAAGCUUAUUCAUUAAAAUUAGCAUUAAAAACCAACUUUUAAGACAAUACUUAAAGUUAAAUUAUUUCUGACAGUGUACAAAAUUGAGGCAAGUAUGCACACAGCCAAGCACGUGCCGUAGAUAAAACGUUCAUUAAAAGGCGCUUUUAAAAUAUCUUUUUUAUUGUAUGAUGUGGCUUGUGGUUUGACGCUUGAACAGCGCGCGUGACAGUCCUGUCCGGGCGGCGAUGACGUCACGCCGCAGCCCUCGGCGAAGGAGCAGCAGCAGAAGCAGCAGUAGAAGCAGUAGAAGAGGAUAGAGGACGAAACUAGGGGAGGCCUGCUGAAACCACCGAGAACACAAGCUCCAUACACUUUCAUAAUAAAACUUUCGCAUGUUGUGGAGCAGCAGCAGAGCAGGAAGUUCCACUCCCGCUGUAUUCGCUGUCCGAAAGCGAGCCGCAAGCGUGACUCCAUGAAAGAUGUCAGAGGAGGUGAUUGUGAUCGCCAAGUGGGACUACUCGGCACAGCAGGAGCAGGAACUUGACAUCCGGAAGAACGAGCGCCUGUGGCUCCUAGACGACUCGAAGACGUGGUGGCGUGUCCGCAAUGCAGCCAACCGCACAGGCUACGUGCCAUCCAACUAUGUGGAGAGGAAAAACAGCCUAAAGAAGGGGUCACUGGUGAAGAACCUCAAGGACACUCUGGGUCUGGGUAAGACUAAGCGGAAGCCGAGCACAGAUGCUGAGUGCCCACCGAACGGCGUCGGUGCAGGAGCAGAGCGUAUCUACGAGCUGCACACAGCGGCAGUGGCCAAGUUUGCAUACACAGCGGAGCGUGAAGAUGAACUGAGCCUGGCGAAGGGCACACGUCUGCUGGUGCUUGAGAAAUGCAGUGAUGGCUGGUGGCGCGGCCGCUGCAGUGACGGCCGGGUCGGCUGGUUCCCCUCCAACUACGUCCAGGAGGAGGAGGAUGAUGAGGAGGAUGAGGAAGAGGCAGGCGUGGGUGACGGGCAGUGCUCACGAGCAUUGCACAAGGUGCAGACGCUUUACCCCUUCAGCUCAGCCACAGAGGAAGAGCUGAAUUUUGAUAAAGGAGAAAUCAUGGAGGUGUUGGAGAAGCCCGAGAAUGACCCCGAGUGGUGGAGGUGUAAAAACAGUCAAGGCCAAGUGGGCCUUGUGCCCAAAAACUAUGUGACGGUGCUGGAAGAUGGGUCGGCACAAGGGGGAGGGGCCAGCAGUUUCACAGCCCAUCCUUUGCAGCAUGCAGGCCCUGCCCACACAGGCAGAUUCGCUGGGAAGGUAUGGUACUACGGCAGCGUGACGCGGCACCAGGCUGAAUGCACACUAAACGAGAGGGGAGCCGAGGGAGACUUCCUAGUGCGGGACAGCGAGUCCUCUCCAAGUGAUUUCUCCAUCUCCUUGAAGGCAUCAGGCAAGAACAAGCACUUCAAGGUGCAGUGCGGCGAGGGUGUGUACUGCAUCGGGCAGCGGCGUUUCAACGCUAUGGACGAGCUCAUCGAGCACUACAAGAAAGCACCCAUUUUUACCAGUGAGCACGGAGACAAGCUCUACCUUGUCAAACCCCUGCAGUGACCUUCCAGCCAAAAAUGAGCCUUGAGAACCUAAAUAGACCUCACACUGAGCCAAGCCUCCUUACUGUUCUCCUUGGUGGUCAGUUCUCACCAGCAAGUGGGCAACAGAGUGCCAACGCAAGCAGCCGGGCAGUGCCAUUGUCCUUUAUUUUUGAAUCAUUGUCAUUUCCUGUUUACUUCUUCAUAUAUUUUGUCCUUGGUUAUAAUAAUCUUUCCAUUUAAGUGUUGAGAGAUAAUAAGAGGUACACACUUUUGUUGCUGCAAUUCAGAUUUUACACAGCAAACAGACUUAAAUUCACAAGAAGUAGCCUUUUAAUUUUAUUUUUUUUAAUAAUAUGAUUUGACGGUACAAUAUGGAAUAUUCUGAGCCUUCACAAGGCAGUCUGUAUCAGAGGAGCUACGGGAUUAUCUGUUCACACUUACUGCCAAAAAGAGCCAAUUUGUGGCACACAGAUACUGACUGCCCCCUGCUGGACACACAGAUGCAUGGACUCACACAAGGGAGGUCUGUUUAUGAGAUGAGAUGAAUGUCAGAUGCUCAACCAAAUGUGCCACACACUCGUUAAAUGUAUCACUCCACAUUAUUCCAACCCAAAAUUGACAAUAGCCUGAGUCGUACUAUAUCUGUAUGGGUAUCUUGUAUAAUUACAAGAGAGCUUAUUCUGUACACGCGUUUAAUUUCCCAGCUUUUUUAAAGUAUGUGUCUGAAUGUAAGAGCAUUGUUAUUUAAAUCUGUGUCUAUUUAAACUAGAGCAUUAGGUGCAUAUAGGAGGAAUUUGCUAAGCACUGUACCAAUGACCGUUAUGUUGGAAGUUGAAAUACAUUUUGUUUAAUUAAACAUUUUGCAAAAUAACGGUAAAAUGUCUCAGGCUUUUAUCAUUGACAGGGUCAUGUAUAGAGAGUUAGAGUAAAAAAACUUACCAUCAAAUAUGUUUCAUGAGGCUCAGUUAGUUCAGUGCAGAAAGCUUUGCACAACCUUCACUACAGACCAGGAGUCAACUCAGAUUUGUAAAGGUGGUUAUGUUUUGCUUUGUAAUGGUGCUUCACUUUUGAUUAGCGUAACAGACUCUGAACAUAUGAGAUGCAUUUGUCCUGAAUUUGAUGCAGGGAGAAUAAAUCCAUGCUUCCCUGUCCAUUCAUUAUUAAACAUUGUUAUUGUUGUCAGUUUACUAAUCAGACCAGAGAUGGUAAAUAAAAUGAAAAAUGUGUGAAAGUCUGUGAAAACACUCCACUUAGCCCUGUAGCUAGUCUCUGGUUCAAUGAGCUGCCAUCAGCUAAAUAAUUUUUAUACACUAUAUGGCCAAAAUUUUGUGGACACCUGACCAUACACAUGUGCUUGUUGAACAUCCCAUUCCAGAUUUAGUCCCCCUUUUGCUGCUACAGUAACUUCCACUCUUCUGGGAAGGAUUUCCUCUAGAUUUUGGAGCAUGGCUGUGGGGAUUUCUGCUCAUUCAGCCACAAGAGCUUUAGUGAGACUGGUCACUGAUGUUGGACGAGAAGGCCUGACAUGUAUUUGUCAUUCCAGUUCAUCCCAAAGGUUUUCAAUGGGGUUGAAGUCAGGGCUCUGAGCAGGCCACUCAUGUUCAUCCACAGCAACCUGUGAGCAAACUCACUUUGUCCACAGGGGCAUUGUCGUGCUGGAACAGGUUUGGGCUCCAUAGUUGCAGUGAACGGAAAUUGUAAUGCUACAGCAUACAAAGACAUUCUAAACAAUUGUGUGCUUCCAACUUUGUGGCAAUAAUUUGUGGAAGGCCCACAUAUGGGUGUGAUGGUCAGGUGGUGGUCCACGAACUUUUGGCCAUAUAGCGUAUUUGCAUAUAAUUGGCUGCAACAAUCUGAAACAGAGGAUAUGCUACAGAAGCUGUGCUGGCUCAUGUUUAGAAAACUACAGUCACUGACCUAUGGCUAGUUUAUCGUUUAUUACCUCUUCUACAGUAUUUAUACUAUAUUCAUACUUGAUUUGAUCCACUGGAAUACAUUGCUACAGUCUGCCAGUUGACGACCCCUAGUCUAGUGCAGUGUCUUAUUAUGGUUGGUUGGUUGGUUAUUUAAAAAAAAAAAAAAAGAAAGGUAAGUUUUUAGUACAGGAUUUGUCUUUUAUGAAUAUUAAUGGUUUCAUUGCUGUCACAUGAUCUUGCUGCCUGAUCUUAUUCACAAAGCUAACCAUGCUUUAAUCCACAGUUUACUGUCUGGACCAAAGGUAUUUUGUGUUGGGAGACCCAAAUAAUGAUGAUUUUACAAUGAAGGAUUAGGAUUAAGAGAUUAAGAGUUAGUCUGUGAAAUCAGUGUGUCCUGCUGUCAGUCACACACUCAGUGUGUGAUGCCAGUUUUUAGUUCCUGUGAGUUAAUGUGAGCAAUAGUUGAAUAGCAAUUUAAUAGUUCAGUUGCAGCUUUUGUCUGAUACACACUGUUCUGAAUCAGGGCUGCUGUAGUGUAAGUAUGGAGACUGCUGUACUGAUUCAAAACCGUGUUCAUCACGCAAAAGCCGUGACUAAAUCUGAUGCACAUCAAUUAUUACUCAUACUGUUUUUUUUUUUUUCUUUCUAAAACGUGUCUAAUUUAUUUUCUUUCAUUAGUGUAUUUCUAUCUUGUAUACUGACUAUGAUUAGAGUACAGAUUUUAUUUACUGUAUAACAAAUGAGUUUCUAAGAGGAAUAUUACAGACCAAACAAGUCUUAGUCAUCUCUUGAAAUUGCGCAAAGCUUCUUUCUAUGCUAGUUUAGACCAUUUUAACAAAAUUCAACCUGUUAGCAACAAAACCUUAAA